CAGUGAGCUGGUAUUACAAUAAACCAGCCAGCUUCAUGCUGCUGCUGUUUGUUGUGUCUCCAAAGAGGAUGGCUGCUGUGGAGGCCUGUGAUGUUUCACAGAGGAAGGUGUGCGCGCCUCGUGCGCUUGGACCCGGAGGACCUCUGAAGUCUGACAGUUCUCCUAACUGAAAAAUUGGAGUCACCGCUUUUUUUCUUUUUUGGGGCGCAUCUUGGUUUUCAUUAGGGCUGGAUGACUUUUUCUUGACAUGAUCAACACAUGUGCCUGAGUUACUGAUUACAUGUGAUAUAAUUUAGUGAUAAGACUUAAAGCUCAAAGUCCCACUUGCAGCACUGUAAUAGCUCGGAUCAUUCACACUGGGCUGUCACAUCGUUGAUCCAGAGGGUUUGUUGGUGGUAUUUAUUUUUUCUUUCCUCACAAUCUGAGUCCAUAUUGGCAUCAUGAGUGUAGAGUCUAAAAAAACAUGCGAGGGAUGUUGCUCCAAGCUCAAGCUCUUCCUGGUCUCCCUGGCCUUUAUGUAUUUUUCCAAGGCUUUUGGUGGAGGCUACAUGAAGAGCUCCAUCACUCAGAUUGAGAGACGCUUUGACAUCCCCAGCUCUCUGAUUGGGGUCAUAGAUGGCAGCUUUGAAAUGGGAAACUUGUUGGUAAUCGCCUUUGUGAGCUACUUUGGUGCAAAGCUGCAUCGGCCCAGGCUGAUCGGUAUCGGGUGUUUGAUCAUGGCCACUGGAUCCUUUAUUGUAGCACUACCACACUUCUUACAGGGACCGUAUAAAUAUGAGACAAGUAUGUCCCACAACACCCAAGUGAACGGCAGUGAAAACCUCUUACCAUGUUUGUCCAACCACAGCCUGACAGAGAAGGAUGAGACCCCUGAUGUAGCAGCCACUAAGGCUUGUGAAAAGGCAGCUGGCUCGUCCAUGUGGAUCUAUGUUUUCCUGGGAAACAUGCUCCGUGGAAUUGGAGAGACUCCCUCCAUGCCAUUGGGGAUAUCCUAUCUGGAUGACUUUUCUAGACAAGAGAAUACUCCCUUCUAUUUGGCCUGUAUCUAUACAACAGGAAUGUUAGGUCCUAUGGCUGGGUUCAUGCUGGGGUCCUACCUUGCCAAGACCUACGUGGACAUUGGAUUUGUUGAUUUAGACAGCAUCACCAUAACCUACAAGGAUUCUCGCUGGGUGGGAGCCUGGUGGCUUGGCUUCAUUGCCAAUGGCGCACUGAUUCUGCUGGCAAGCAUCCCGUUCUUUUUCCUGCCUAAGUCUUUGCCCAAACAAGGAGAGGAAGAUAGCAGCAACAAAAGUACAGAGUUAACCUCUUGGCCAGAGCAGGAGAAUUUCCUGCCAGAUGAAAACCAAAAUGCAGAAGACAAAGAAAAGAGAGUCACAUUUAAAGAAAUGGUUAAAGAUUUUAUUCCAUCACUGAAAAGACUCUUCAGGAACACCAUCUUCUCAAUGAUAAUCCUCACCAACCUGGUUGCAGUCAAUGCCUUUGUUGGUAUGAUCACCUUCAUACCAAAGUUCAUGGAGCAGAUCUAUGGACAGGCGGCAUCCAGAGCUAAUUUUAUUAUAGGCAUUAUGAACCUCCCCGCAGUCGCUCUGGGAUUCAUUACUGGUGGUUUUGUCUUGAAGCGUUUCAAAUUGGGUGUUGUUGGAGCUGCCAGAGUCUCCAUCGCUGCAUCUCUUGGAUCCUUUUGUAUGCUUUCCCUGCAGGGAUUCUUUCAUUGUGGCAAUGCAGAUGUGGCUGGUUUGACUGUUGCAUAUGAAGGUGUUACUCAAGUAUCCAACAAUCCCUCAAGUUUGUUGGCACCAUGCAAUACUGGCUGCUCCUGCUCAGUGAAGCACUGGGAUCCAGUGUGUGCCUAUAAUGGCAUGACAUAUGCUUCACCCUGCCUGGCUGGAUGUCAGACCUCCACUGGAACAGGAAAAGCAAUGGUGUUUCACAAUUGUACCUGCAUUGGGAUUUCUGUGACUCCUGCUGCAAACAUGUCUGCUGUUCUUGGCCAGUGUCACAGAAGGAGUGAAUGUGACAGUAAAUUUAAAAUCUACAUGGCUUUGUCUGUGUUGGGAGCAUUUAUUUCUGCCUGCGGGGGAACACCAGGAUAUAUUGUAUUGCUGAGGUCAAUUCAACCAGAUCUAAAAUCCUUGGCCUUGGGUAUGCAGACAUUAAUCGUAAGGACUCUAGGUGGGAUCCCUCCCCCAAUUUAUUUUGGAGCACUAAUUGAUCAGGCAUGCCUGAAGUGGGGAACCAAGCAAUGUGGAGGACGUGGAGCAUGUAGACUUUAUAAUGCCAACAUGUUUAGAUUGACCUUCUUAGGAUUGGUUAUUGGACUCUCCAUUCUAGCCAAUAUGUUAUGGGGAGUCCUCUACGUCAAAAUAGUUAAAAAACAGAAGAAGCUAGCACUGAGAGAUCAGGCCAAAGAGAAUGGAGCGGAGGGUAAAAGACUAAGUAAUGGACAUGCUCACAUCAACAUUGUUAAACACAGAGAAGAGACAAACAAUGAAAGCACUAUUUAACAUGUUACAGGCAAUUGUAUAAUGAAAAUGAACCCUUUUGAAUGGCAAUGUAACCAUUAGUGGUAAUGGUACAGGGUAGCGCUGAAUGAUUGGGUGGCAGUAGCCUUCUUUGGCUUUUUUCACUUUUUUAACUUUAACUGCAUUUAUAAUGAAAUUAUUUCGAAAUUCCACCCACCUAGUGGAACAUUUCAGUUGGGAUGUCCUCAAAAUUUGGAAUUCAAGGUCAACAAAUCAUUGCAACACACUCAAGAUGGCUGCUACUUAAUCAAUGUGGUUAUGUCCUACUUUUUAGUUCUGUAACAUGGAUGUAGCAUUAAGUCAGUUUUUCAUAUACUGAUGUUUAGAGUUUAUAAGAUGAUAUUUCAGAUUUUUAUUGUAUAUGAGCAAAAUACCGCUUGUGUUUUUUAUAUGUAUGGUUGCAAUAGUGGCUGUAGUGAAGGUCUAUGAUGUAAGUGUCCACAGAAGGGAAAGGUAAUCACCAAGUUUAACUCUGACUUUGCAGUUGCAAGGUUGAUUGAACACAUUGAAAAUGUACUCCUCUUCAAAGGUUGAAGUGGAUGCAAAGUAAUUUAAGACAAUACAAUUGAAAACCUUAAGAAUUUUAUAGGAUCAGGUCCACAAACCCAAAAUUCAGAGGUAACUCUACUGUAUUUUAGGUGAAGUGAUAUUUAUAAUAUAUUUUUGCACUCAUAUACAGAUUUUAAAAUCUGUAUAUGACUGCAAAACCUCUAAAAGGUGUGACAUUUUUGAAUAACAUAGUUGUUUGCAUUUUCUGUAGAUUACAUGUAGAGUCCAUGUCUGCAUUGCAGAGCUAAGCCUAACUUACUCUCAUAAGAAAUAUUGAAAAAGGUGGGAAUGGGUUUGCACAUGCUGUUUAAAGAUCCUCUCCUCUACUGUACCAGCUGAAUCACAGAUUUC